AUGGAUGAUUUUCUUCAAAAAUUAAAAGAUAAUGGUAUUGGUGGAUUUUCAGAAAGAAUUCCAGUUGGUGUUGGAAUUCAUCGAAAUGGAGUAAUUAAUGAAUCAGACUUAGUUCAAGUUCCAGAUAUUGAAGAAUUUCCUUUACCACAAAUAGAGCCACGUCCUGCAAUACAGCCUGAUGUUUUAAGACAGGCAGUAGUUCAGUCACAAUUCGAAAUUUUACUCUCUCAGUUACAAACAGCAAUAUCUACAAGUCAUCCAUCGAGUGAACUAGAAAGACUCGAACCAGGACGAGAAUUCGAGUCACCCGAAGAAUUACUUAAAUUUAAACGCGCUUUAGCUACAUAUUAUAAUGAAGAAGCACAAAAGAUCGGAUGGACGAAACCAAUUCAAAUAUGCCAAGAACCAAUAUGCCUUAAUAUGGCAAUUCCUUCAUUUAAUUAUUGCUCAAAUCAUCUUUCUAAAGACCCGAACUUCAAAUCUCAGUCAUUUAUUAAAAAAUGCUCUGCUGUUGACGAAAAUGCUAAUGAAUGUCAGUUUCCUGCACAAUCUGGCGUAGGAUUAUGUAUUCAUCAUUCAGAAAAAUAA